AUAAUAAAACCAAGAAAAUUUCAGUGUUUUUGGCUAUGGAAUCUGAUUCAUCCUCUAUUGAUCUUUCUCGUCUUAACGAAGAGUUGCCAGUGAAAAUCGAGGAGAUGUUGAAAUUGAGUAACAAAGAAGAUGACAUAAUAAGUCUCAGGUUAUUAGACCUGACAGAUAUUGAUGAUUUUAUGGAAUGGUUUACGGAUGACAAGGUUAAUAAGUUUUGUUCUCGUGACACUACUUUCAUAGCCAAAGAAGACGCGAUGCAAUACAUUGCUGAUGUUGUUAUACCACAUCCAUGGUACAGGGCAAUAUGCUUAAAUGACAAGCCAAUUGGUUCAAUUUCUGUAUCAUCAUUUCAUGGAAGUGAUAGAUGCAGGGGCGAAAUUGGAUACGAGAUAUCAUCAAAGUAUUGGGGCAAAGGGAUUGCCACCAAGGCGGUGAAGAUGGUGGCGUCCACCAUCUUCGUAGACUGGCCCCACUUGGCCCGGAUAGAAGGUAUUGUGGCUGUUGAUAAUGUAGGAUCACAAAGGGUGUUGGAGAAGGCUGGUUUUAUUAAGGAAGGUGUUUUGAGGAAGUACUAUCUUGUUAAGGGGAUACCAAUAGAUAUUGUUAUGUUUAGUCUUUUAUCUAUUGAUCAACAACUUACCUACUUUACUUGAGCCGAAGGUUUAUUGGAAACAGUCUAUUUACCUUCACAAGGU